AUGGUGGUGGCGGAGAAGGCGGUGGUGGUGAGGGUGGAGGGGGCGGAGGUGAAGGUGGUGGGGGUGACGGUGGUGGUGGCGAACGUGGGGGUGGUGGGUGUGUCGGUGGUGGACGAGGGGGUGGGGGUGACGGUGGAGGUGGCGGUGGCGACGGUGGUGGCGGCGAAGGUGGUGGUUGGGGUGGGGGUGGGGGUGGAGGAGAAGGCGGUGGUGGUGAGGGCGGAGGAGGAGAUGGUGGGGGUGACGGUGGUGGUGGCGAACGUGGGGGUGGAGGUGAAGGUGGUGGUGGCGGCGAACGUGGGGGUGGGGGCGAUGGUGGUGGUGGUGAACGUGGGGGUGGUGGCGGCGAAGGGGAUGGAGGCGGAGGUGAUGGUGGUGGUGGGGAACGUGGGGGUGGGGGUGACGGUGGUGGGGGAGAACGUGGGGGUGGAGGUGAUGGUGGAGGUGGGGGUGGGGGUGGGGGUGGGGGUGGCGAUGGAGGCGGGGGUGAUGGAGGUGGUGGUGGUGGGGAACGUGGGGGGUGGAGGUGACGGUGAGGUGGGGGUGGGGGUGAUGGUGGUGGUGGCGAUGGAGGCGGAGGUGAUGGUGGUGGCGGUGGUGGGGAACGUGGGGGUGGGGGUGAUGGGGGUGGUGGUGAUGGAGGCGGGGGUGAAGGUGGUGGUGGUGGUGGGGAACGUGGGGGUGGAGGUGACGGUGGAGGUGGGGGUGGGGGUGAUGGUGAUGGUGGCGAUGGAGGCGGAGGUGAUGGUGGUGGCGGUGGUGGGGAACGUGGGGGUGGUGGCGGCGGAGGGGAUGGUGGUGGUGGGGAAUGUGGGGGUGGGGGUGAUGGUGGAGGUGGGGGUGGAGGUGAUGGGGGUGGUGGCGAUGGAGGCGGGGGUGAAGGUGGUGGGGGUGGUGGCGGCGGAGGGGAUGGUGGUGGUGGUGAACGUGGGGGCGGCGGUGACGGUGGUGGGGGGAGAACGUGGGGGUGGAGGUGAUGGUGGAGGUGGGGGUGGGGGUGAUGGUGGUGGUGGCGAUGGAGGCGGGGGUGGUGGUGGUGGUGGUGGUGGAGAACGUGGGGGUGGAGGUGACGGUGGAGGUGGGGGUGGGGGUGAUGGUGGUGGUGGCGAUGGAGGCGGGGGUGAAGGUGGUGGUGGUGGCGGUGGUGGGGAACGUGGGGGUGGUGGCGGCGGAGGGGAUGGUGGUGGUGGUGAACGUGGGGGCGGCGGUGACGGUGGUGGGGGAGAACGUGGGGGUGGAGGUGAUGGUGGAGGUGGGGGUGGGGGUGAUGGUGGUGGUGGCGAUGGAGGCGGGGGUGGUGGUGGUGGUGUGGAGAACGUGGGGGUGGAGGUGACGGUGGAGGUGGGGGUGGGGGUGAUGGUGGUGGUGGCGAUGGAGGCGGAGGUGAUGGUGGUGGUGGUGGUGGGGAACGUGGUGGUGGGGGCGACGGUGGUGGGGGAGAACGUGGAGGUGGGGGUGGGGGUGAUGGUGGUGGCGGCGAUGGAGGCGGAGGCGGAGGUGACGGUGGUGGUGGUGGUGGGGGUGACGUGGUGGUGGGGAACGUGGGGGGUGGAGGUGAUGGUGGUGGUGGUGGUGGAGAACGCCGGGGUGGAGGUGGUGGUGGCAAACGUGGGGGUGGGGGGGAAGGCGGUGGUGGUGAAGGAGGCGGAGGUGACGGCGGCGGCGGCGGCGGGGGCGAUGGAGGGCGGAGUUUUGAUAAAGCUUAACUUCUGCUGGAGCUACAUCUUCCAGCAGAAUGAGAGUGACAGAACUUGGAGCAAUUAG